GGGAUCACGUGAGGAGGCUACUGCAGAGGUGUGGCCACCAGUACCAUGUUCUGGACAGGAGCACAGAGGAUCACACCCAGAUCAUAUAGCUUCUGGAGAUGGUGGAGAAACUGCAGACCGGAGCAGCUGAGUCACAUGGUUGGGACCUGUAACUGCUACUAUGACUACUGUGAGGCUUGAGCUGUAUAUCAAGAGUCAAUGUACAAAGCAAUUAUCAAAUUACUAAUUCUCGCGAUUUCCAUGCUUAUUAAAUCUGUAUAUAAUUUCCUUUAUUCCAAAUUUCUUUUCAUUGAAAAGAUAUUUCUGGGUGCAAAAAAAUGUUUGACAUGUAUUUUCUGUGUAUAAAUGUGUACCGCUAACAGUGUCUCGUGCAUUAACUGGGUUCUUGCUAUUUGCUUUCGAAAUCAUUUCUGGCAAUUGACAGCACUCUAGUGGUCUCCAAAUGUGAGGCGCAUUUUGAUUAUGAAACUAACUUCAACUCGUUAGGAUUCAAAGUUUUUUUUAAUAGAGGAGCGGUGAUCUAGCGUAAUGGAGCUGUUGUACAGGCUACAGUUUAGUAACUUCCUGGUCAUGUUGAUCAUCUGGGCGUGCGCAUGAGAUGAUAUUGAAAAGCUAUUUAGAGUCCACUCUUCCUUUCUCCAGUUGAGACAACACUGGAGACCGAGGUUAAACGAUGUUGACUUCCAUUGUUUGCGGAGCCGUGUUCUUCCCUGGACUUUAUGCAGUUUGUAGAAAAUGGCUUAAGUCAACUUUCAGUAAAUGGAAUGACGCCGACGUGGUCAUUGUUAGUGAAAGACUGCUUUCCUUGGUGCACGCGACAAUUGCUUCCACCGCUGGGAUUAUCAUCGUUACGUCUUGUCAUAACGUCAUGACCGACAGACAUAGGCUGGCGAAUGACUUUGUGUGUUUUGGGGCCCCUUACAUGGCCUAUGAUCUGUAUGCCAUGUACUUGAGCCACUGGCACAGCCUGAGAGUGAGAGGUCAGGAGGUCAGGUGUCACUCACUACACACCGUCUGGAACUUCCUCCUCAGGGACCGCCUCAUGGUCCUUCAUCACUUGGCACUGCUCUUCGUCUUCUUGCCAAUCACACUGUUCCUCAGGAGAGGGCUAGGAGACUUCUUCGUUGGUUGCUUGUUAACCACAGAGUUGAGCACUCCUUUUGUGUCCCUGGGAAAGAUCCUUAUCCAGCUGGGUCUGCAGGAUGGCCAUCUCCACCGGGCCAAUGGGAUGUUGGUGUUGCUGAGCUUCCUGUGCUGCCGCAUCUUACUCUUCCCCUACAUGUACCUGGCCUACGGCCGCCAGCACGGCCUGCCCCUGCUCUCCGUGCCCCUUCACCUGCCUCUGCACUGUAACAUAGGCAACCUGGCCAUCUUGGCGCCACAGAUCUACUGGUUCUGUCUGCUGUGUCGCAAAGCCCGGAGACUGUACCUGCGCCAGACCAAACCAAAGGAUCCCGAUGCUCUGACACGUAGGAGCAAAACACAGUAGAGGUCACAUCAGCAGAAGCAGGUGUACUGCUGUGACCAAUCACAAAUGGCACUGAACCUUAGAGCACUGUCUUGUUCCUGGCUGUCUGACUCGGUGUGAGCAUGGGUGUUAGCAUUGUUAGUGCUGCUGGGUUGUAUUAUUCCACCAUGUUAGCGGAUGGGGUUGUAAGUCAGGAUGGCAGUCUCUGCCCAUUUAUCCAAGAAACACAAAUGCAUCUCUAUGUAAAGAGCAGCUGUCUUUUCCUCACUGUAACUUGGGUUUCUCAGUCACAAUUGUACCUCAGCUUUUGGUAAAUGUGUAGCAGAAGGAGAAAAAACUAAAUAAUGUGUAUGAUCUACUAAUGUGACUGCUAAUUUCACUUAUAACAAGCUCUUGAACAGGAAGUCAUGACUACAUUUCAUAAUUGAAUUGCUACCUCAUAGUUAUAUUUGCUAGUCAAGAUUAUAAACUGUAGCUACUAGGUAGCAUGUGUUUGCACUGUGGACAAAGUCUCCUAUCAUGACUGUGCCAUUGAGUUGGCCAAAAUAAUUUAAUCUUUUAAUGUAUUUUGCCUGCAUGAACAUACAAUAAAUGAUUACACUGAAAA